AUGAUUCUUCCUGCUUCCAAGGAAGAAGGAAUCUUGAUAAAGAAGCGUUAUGCAGUUUUUAAUGAUGAUGGGACCCUGGUAGAGCUGAAAGGUUUUGAGAUUAAACGGCGUGGAGAGCUAAAGCUCAUCAAAGUUUUCCAGGCUGAACUUUUUGAUAAAUUUCUGCAUGGGUGCACCUUAGAGGAGUGCUAUUCAGCUGUUGCUUCUGUUGCAAAUCGAUGGCUUGAUCUUCUCGAUAAUCAAGGAAAAGACAUUGCAGACAGUGAACUGGUUGAUUACAUAUCAGAAUCAAGCACAAUGAGCAAGUCCUUAGCAGACUACGGUGAACAAAAGUCUUGCGCUGUUACCACAGCAAAGCGACUAGCUGAUUUUUUGGGGGAUACAAUGGUUAAAGACAAAGGAUUACGUUGUCAAUAUAUUGUUGCAUGCGAACCAAAGGUAUCCAUAUCUUUAGCUAGGCAAAUGGAGAUUCUGGCUUUUGACUUUUGCCUUGUCUGCUUGUUUCAAAUUAUGGAUAACUCUGAAUACUAG